AUGGUCCUCACAAGAUCCCGCUCGGCAACUCCGGCCAAGUCGAUCGCCGCUUCGUUUGGAGCAUCGAGCAAGGCUUCCAUCGCCACCAAAGCUGCACCACUCAAACGCGGUCUUCAACGAUCGGCGACAGACAGCCAGCUUGAUACAGCGAAAGCUGCUACGAGCCCUAGAAAGAGGACACGACUAGGCUCGGAACCUUCGUCUACCUCCUCCAAUGCACGCCCCGCCAAAUCCGCCAGUGCAGCCAAGGCCAAGACGCCCGAAGAACCCUUCGUGAUUCCAAAGGAUGCCAGCGAGGAGGACUGCUUGACACGCACCACGGCUCCCUUCCCGACACUUCCCUUCGACUUAGGACAAGCCCAAGCUCAUCUCUGCAGUGUGGACCGUCGAUUCGAACGCCUUUUCCAAAAGGUGCCCGUCCGCUGCUACGAUGAAGCACUGGAUCCAUCCGCCUGCGACAAAAAAGAUCUCAACCUGUUCAAGACGGUGACCACUUCCAUCCUGGGACAACAGAUCUCUUGGCUCGCUGCCAGGUCCGUUCUGUACAAGUUUUGCCGGCUCUUUUCUCCGGAAUCGAUGCCAGAGAAACCUGACUUUGUUGGUUUUCCCCGUGAAGAGUGGCCAUUCCCGACUCCACUCAUGGUUCUACGCAGACCGGAUGCAGACCUACGAGCUGCAGGCCUGUCCUUCGCCAAGAUCAAGUAUGUCAAGGAUCUUGCCGCUCACUUUGUAGACGGACGAUUGGACAUCCGCCAGAUCCUCGAUCUGGCCGAUGAGGAACUGUGCGUCACCGAGCUGAGCAAGGUCAAGGGCGUCGGCAGAUGGACGAGCGAGAUGAUUCUUAUGUUUGCUAUGCGCAAGCCCGACAUUCUUCCCUGUGCAGACCUAGGAGUGCAAAAGGGCAUGCUCAACUUCUUCCUUAGCGACGCGCAAGGUCCUCGCAUCAACAUCAAAAAGCGAAAGCCGGGCGAGGAGAAGCCAGAGGAUGACAAAGCUACAAAGGACACCAAGAGCAAGCGGACGACAGCAAAGGAGCAAGGGCCGCUGGAGCCGACGGAGGAAAGGGGAGACGAGGUGCCGUUCCUUGCUCAGACCGAGGUUAUGCCAAAACCUGAAUCGGGAUUUGGUGCAGAAGACGCAGCGGUCUCGCUCGACCAUCUGAUCGCAGACGAGCACGGACUUUGCCGACAGGUGCUGCAAUCUCGUGCAAAGGGCAACAAGAUCAAAGGCGGCCAGUAUCUCAGCCCGGACGAGAUGAAGGCACUCGCGAAAUCUUGGUCGCCCUACCGCUCGGUAGCAUGCAUGUACAUGUGGGCCUUGGUCGAUACCUAG